CCUAUUUUAUUUUUAUCCCCUUCUCCAGCGUCAGGUUACGAUUGUCCACACCCACGCCGCCAUCCUCCAACCUCCUGCUCCUUCUUGAUCAUACGUGCCGAUCGUGCCACGCUUACGAAUUCUCAUCCAUGACAAUGCUUGGAUGCAAGGCUCGAAGGCGCUCCUUGAAAUCGGCCUAAAAGCGAUUUGCCUCCCUGGCCUAAUUUCACCGAGAUCUGCCGCAGGCAUCUACAUUUGUCAACCACGACAGUGGUUCGCGACUUUUUGGUCCUCGUUCCGGGCUGUCGAAACGCUGACUAGUCGCCACGUCCGGUCUCUCGCGAGGAAUGCCUCUCUUAUCAUGAGGACGACGCACAUGUCGGCUUCGUGCUUCGUACGAAGCCCCUUCACCCCACGGAAAGCCAGGAUCUCACGAUCACGUACAUAUGUAUUUCAUUGCAGCUGGAAGCGUUCCCCAUAUCCCGAACGUGUUCCAUGGGUUGUGGGUCUCACAUGCCCGUUCUUUUUCUUUUCCCUGGAUGCACAACCACGCCGCUACUCAGGGAAGGUGAGGUCAUCCCAGGACAAAAAACUUUCACAGGCAGGUCGAAUCGUUGAUGUCCAGAGUUGUCGACCUUGCCUUGGUAGGGUAGGCGUCAGCCUAAGAUAUGUUGCAUCCGGGAAGAUCUUGCAGAAUCCUCUUUUUCCUCAUGUCGCAAACAUGCGGGACUGAGUUUUAUCAUGGAAUGUGAUAACUAAUACUCUCCUUCGCAUCUGAAAAUGGCUUUAUAGGAUUCCGCUCCAAUGCCGAGACACA